AUGAUUCCAUGCAGGAGAGGAGCGGAGAAGGGUCUGCGCCUAAGCCCCGCCCUGCUGAGCUCUGAUUGGCUAUACGUGCCGGCGGCGGAGACGCUGAUUGGUGGGCGCCGUCUGCCCGUCACGGCCGUCUCCAUAGACAGGGGGAGAGUGGAGGGUUUCCAUGUAAAUGCAGCAGAGGUUUCAAUGCAGUUAUCGUCCCUCAUCCGGCCGCAAAGACUUCCCUCGCUGCUGCUCUCCAGAUCUGUGGGAACCGCGUCCUGUGACCCGUUCUCUGUCCUCCGAGCUGACACAGGAGCCGACCCAAUGCUCAACAGAAAGCUGGGCUGCCAGGGGUUUGGGGCGUCAGUGGCCGCGAUGACCUCCUUCCCCCCACAGAGAUACCAUUACUUCCUAGUGCUGGAUUUUGAGGCUACAUGUGACAAACCCCAGAUCCAUCCUCAGGAAAUAAUUGAGUUCCCUAUACUGAAGUUAAACGGCAGAACCAUGGAGAUCGAGUCGACAUUUCACACGUAUGUUCAGCCGGUCGUUCACCCACAGCUCACCCCGUUCUGUACUGAGCUGACGGGAAUAAUCCAAGAAAUGGUGGACGGGCAGCCGACGCUGAGCCAAGUGCUGGAGAGAGUCGACGAGUGGAUGGCCAAAGAGGGGCUCCUAGACCCCAGCGUCAAGUCCAUCUUUGUCACCUGCGGCGACUGGGACUUAAAACUCAUGCUGCCGGGACAGUGUGAAUACUUAGGACUGCAGGUCGCAGAUUACUUCAAGCAGUGGAUCAAUCUGAAGAAGGCUUACAGUUUCGCCAUCGGUACUUGGCCCAAAAACGGACUCCUAGAUAUGAAUAAGGGCAUGAGCCUGCAGCACAUAGGGAGACCCCACAGCGGGAUAGAUGACUGCAGGAACAUCGCCAACAUCAUGAAGACUCUUGCUCACCGAGGCUUCAUCUUCAAGCAGACCUCCAGACGCAUCUAACGUUGUCAGGGGGCCCGGGCUGCGGGGUGGGGUGGGGCAGGAGGCUGCAUGUAGCUCUUCCCUUACUGUGUCCACUUGGCUGGACAGCCCCCGAUACAGGACAUUAGGUGGAGGAUGACGCAUUGUUACGGACUGAGAAUCGCUGUACAUACGGCUCCACCAUGAAGAUCUGUCACACUCCAUCCGCUUUCCCCCAACAUCUCCCCCCAUCUGCCCCCGGAAUCGUAUCCUGGGGCGGCUCAGUAGACAAGACCUUAAUACGGCCCCCAUUUCACUUCAUCCGGAGAUUCUGCACCAAAGUGUUAUGUCCUGGUGGGGAAGACACAAAUUUACAGUAAAUGGAAGGUUGGAACGAUGGUGAAGGCGCGGAGCAGCGUUAUUAUUGGUGUGCGCAAAUUAUAAGAUGCUCCGCCCCCACGGAGCCAAGGAGUGUGCCUGAUGGAGCAGAAGAGUGAUACAGAACGACUGCAGAAAUACCACCAAGAUGACAGCAUGGACAGAACUUCACCCGGAAGCUUCUAGAUCGCUGGGUUUGGCCGCUGAUCUCCAUUACGGAUCCUUCAAGCAUUUAUGUAAAUGAAGCUUAAUGAUUGGAUACUGGAAAGUUCUCCAAACUCCCAAAUUACAAGAUCUCUGAUUGUUGUCAGUGCAAAAAGGACAUUGUUUACAUAUAUAUAUAGGCUGAGGACCCAAUUCUCACAGCUGAGGGUUUGUUACAGUGUAUCAGUGUGGAUGACAUUGUUCAGCCUGGGGGUGUAGGACGGAGGAAGGCGUUAAUGCUGCUGGUGUGUUCAGCUCCCUGAAAGGUAUCUUCACUGACACAUUGUAACACACCCUCAGCUGUGUGAGCAGGACAAGGUCAGGACCAGGUCAGGACCAGGUCAGGAGGGGUUUUUGAGUUACCCAGAUGUUGUUUUCACUGACAGCAGAAAAUCUUAUAAAUGAGAAACAGAAAUGAGAAAGAUCCGGAACGUUUACUGUAGACUGGAUGGUUCUUCAUUCAUAUAAUGUCCUGUGUGGGGGAUACUCGUAGGUGGGGGUCCUCCGAUCUCAUAAAGCACGCGCCCUUACUCUGUGAUUGUAUGGGGGGUCCUCCGAUCUCAUAAAGCACGCGCCCUCACUCUGUGAUUGAAUGGGGGUCCUCCGAUCUCAUAAAGCACGCACCCUCACUCUGUGAUUGAAUGGGGGUCCUCCGAUCUCAUAAAGCACGCGCCCUUACUCUGUAAUUGAAUGGGGGUCCUCCGAUCUCAUAAAGCACGCGCCCUCACUCUGUGAUUGAAUGGGGGUCCUCCGAUCUCAUAAAGCACGCACCCUCACUCUGUGAUUGAAUGGGGGUCCUCCGAUCUCAUAAAGCACGCGCCCUUACUCUGUAAUUGAAUGGGGGUCCUCCGAUCUCAUAAAGCACGUGCCCUCACUCUGUGAUUGAAUGGGGGUCCUCCGAUCUCAUAAAGCACGCGCCCUUACUCUGUAAUUGAAUGGGGGUCCUCCGAUCUCAUAAAGCACGCGCCCUCACUCUGUGAUUGAAUGGGGGUCCUCCGAUCUCAUAAAGCACGCACCCUCACUCUGGGAUUGAAUGGGGGUCCUCCGAUCCCAUAAAGCACGUGCCCUCACUCUGUAAUUGAAUGGGGGUCCUCCGAUCCCAUAAAGCACGCACCCUCACUCUGGGAUUGAAUGGGGGUCCUCCGAUCUCAUAAAGCACGUGCCCUCACUCUGUGAUUGAAUGGGGGUCCUCCAAUCUUAUGAAGCACGCACCCUCACUCUGGGAUUGAAUGGGGGUCCUCCGAUCUCAUAAAGCAUGCGCCCUCACUCUGGGAUUGAUUGGGAGUCUGACUGAUCCUCAGAAAGAUCCUGGCUCAGAUCUGUGGCCCCUUAUGUAGACACACACAGCACAGAGCCAUACGGGAGAAUAUGGCAGCAUUUUAUCAAGAUAGAUCGGUCCCCCACCCAAUCAUAAAGUGUACUCCCGAUGAUAUCCCAUACACCGUGCCGCGGCCAAUCACUGGCUUCAGAGGUCGAGAGGAAGUGCGUGUGACCUCCAAGGCCGCUGAUUGGCAGCAUUGUCCCCUCCAGAGUGACAGGGUGGCAUCUGAGGACCUAACACUGGAUGGCGCUGCCCGGGAGUGAGCAGAGGGGAUGGUGAAGGACAAGUAUGGAAAAUGCCCCUAAAGCCAAAGUGGUGGUGCAGACAUACGGGGUUAAUCCUAAUGCUAUCACUUUGGCAAAUGUCCAGAAUACCCCUUUGCGCCCAGGCCAUCACUUUUGGGCGGCUCCUCCACUCCUGCAGGCUAUGGACACAUUUUGGGGCAUUUGAUCGUUCAGGAGAAGGCAGGAUUGGCUGGAGACUCCAUUAGACGGUUGGGGUUCUGCAGUUCGCUAUUUAAAACAAUAAAUGCCCCAAAGGUCUCCAAAGGCUUUAAAGAUGUUAAUCCCGUAGUCAGAGGUGACCCCCGUAUCUAUAGCACAGGAGAUAAGUAUCUGUAGCUCCAUUCAUUUUCUGUGGUCUCUAAACGUGGCCAAGGUCAGGGUCAAGCCCCAUAGAAAAUGAAUGGUAUGCUGGCUGCACCUGCGGGGGGCGCUCUGACCCCGGCCAAUCACCUAGGGAACCACAUCCCAUGGAUGACUGCUUUAGUUGGGGUCUGUAGGGGAUGGCGCCAUCAGUACUGCCGGAACAUUAGCAAAUCGCAGGGAACUAUUUUAUUGUGGCCACCUGAUCAUCACAUGGAGAGGGGUCAGCGUCACCCACAAGGGGCGAGAUUGUCCUUCUGUCGUUAUUCUUUAGCCAUUUAUGGACCUCAGACUUGUCCUGUAUCCACCAAUCAGAGGUCAGUUUCCAUUAUGUAAUUGUGUCUACGAUUGGUCGGGCGUUGAGGACAGUUCUGAGGGUGACUAGCUGUGAGGUUUCUCAUUUAAAGGGCCAGGCUCCUACUUUAGUUUUUAAUUGACUGUAAGUUUUAUGUUAGACUCAUUUGAUUAGAAAGGCGACAGACGAAGCCACAUUAAACCUUCAUGAUAAGAGAUUAGCGGCAAGAAAAAAAAUGAAAUGUGUUUUUAUGAAGGUUAACUACAAUGCUGCUGUGGCGGCAGGAAACACAUUCAGACCCCCCACAACUCCAUAGUGCACUGCUAAAGUGAUCGCUGCUCGGAACUGCCAGAAAUCCUACAGACUUGUAUAUGGGACCCCUGGCAAUCCCGUACACCAUCCGCUUUAGCAGCGGGUCACAGAAUUGCGUGGAGUCUGAACGUGUUUCCCACCGCCGCAGCAGUAAUAAACCCGGCGCUCAGCCCUGCAAGAGAAAUGUGAGAAUCUUUGUGAUUGUUGUAACAAUCAUGAUGGAGAGGCCGGGGCCCAGGGCUCUUGUAUUUUAGACACAAAACUAAUGGUGUUUGGCCCUUUAAUUGCCGAUCCUCAGUUGCGGAGUCCUCCUGCUGCUGUUCAUGCUUUCUGUGAAUACGGCCGCCAUGACAGUUCACAGAUUGUCACCCAGCUUUUCUUUCUGCUCAUCCAUGUGGUGGUUCAUGCCUCUUUCCCACACCGCAGUAUACCAGGGCAGAUUGGCUAUUCAGGCCUCCAAGAAAGCUGGGUGAAGACUCUUCGUAGAGCCGUACUGGUGGCCAUAUUGGUUGACACUCGGCUUUCACUGAUAAGAAAUUUGUUGUCUCACACCUGAACAGAAGAAAAUUCCGGAGUCACAGAGUAAAUGCUGAAAAGCGAUGGCGCCUCCGGUUCUUUGCGCUGUGCUUUGUCCGGUUUUCAUCUCAGUCCAAAUGUUUCAUCCUAUUUCCCUGGAAGAGGCCGUGCAGGUUUGAUAUUGGCCCCUUCCUCCAUGACAGUUCAUUCAUCUUUAGCCUCCUGCCCCUCACUGAGACCCGAUUCAGAUGUGGCGUCAUGGCGUACCACUGCGAUACAGGAGCGCCCGGACGCGGUUACAUCACAUGCACAGCGGAGGUCGUCGCUCCAGUCAUGUGAAGAUUAAUAAAUGAACAAAAUAAAACAAGAAAAAUAAAAAGAAGUGAAAUUCA